UCAGCUGUUGAGGCAACUGCUGACUAUCUCGGCACAAGGGUAGCUCGUUUGUCAUAUCUAAACCCAGACGAGGCAAACAGAAAUAUCUUUAUUUACAGAGUCCCAAAAAGGUGAACGAUAAAGCUCAGCAAACCAUGCAGGAUGAUUUACUGAUGGACAAAAACAAAGCCCAGCCUCACCAUCAGCAAGAUCCGACGCAAGUAGACCCUCCUCCCUCCACCCCGACCCCGUCAUCGGAGCCCACUUCUUCUUCAUCGGAGUCGGAGAGCCCGUCGACCGGGAGCAACCAAGCGGCUUCAGCGCUGAACAGCAGCAGCAGCAGCAGCAGCAGCAGCAGCAGCAAGGACAAAGUGCCGAUGGAGUCGCCGAUCCUGCCCGGGUUGAGCUUCCACCACCAGCCGCAGGAGACCGGCGGCUCCCUUUCCUCCCCUUCCUCCUCUUCGUUUGGGAGCACUUGGUCCACGGGAACCACAAACGCCGUGGACGAUAGCUUUUUCCAGGGAAUACCCUCGGUGAACGGGACGAUGCUUUUCCAGAACUUCCCCCACCACGUCAACCCGGUCUUCGGGGGUAAUUUCUCCCCGCAGAUCGGUCUGGCUCCCCAGUCCCAACAGCAUCAACAGCAAGCCCAGCAGCAGCAGCAGCAGCAGCAGCAGCCCCAGCAGAGGAGAUCCCCUGUCAGCCCAAGUCAAGGCCCCUUCCCCCAGAGAAACGCUUAUCAGACCAUCAUGAAUAACAGCAAGGGGUCGUCAUCGUCGUCUUCUGCCUCGUCGUCCGCUUGGAAUAAUCACCAAAACGCCGCAUGGAGCACAGCCUCCAACCCCUGGAGCGGCAUGCAGGCAGGCAGGGACCCGCGCAGAGCUGUGGGCGUCGGGGUAGGGGUCGGGGUCGGUGUCGGCGUCGGGGUACCGUCACCCCUGAACCCCAUCUCCCCCAUGAAAAAGCCCUAUACCAGCAAUGUUAUAGCACCCCCCAAAUUCCCAAGACCGGGUCCCCUCACCCCCAAGCCCUGGAUGGAGGACAGCGCCUUCAGGACUGACAACAGCAACAACAUACUGCCUUUCCAGGACCGGAAUCGGCCCUUUGAUGCUUUUAGCUUGCACUCUUUGGAGAGUUCCUUAAUGGAUAUGAUAAGGACUGACCAUGACAAAGGUAAACCACACCCUGCCGGUGGCCCACCAAUGACUAUCGCUGAUAUUAUAUGGAGGAAUCAUUUUGCAGGACGUAUGGGCAUCAACUUUCAUCAUCCUGGAGCAGACCACAUAAUGCCAUUGAAUACCCGGAGCUAUGGCCGCAGAAGAGGUCGUUCCUGUCUUUUUCCCUUUGAAGAUGGUUUCCUCGACGAUGGCCACGGUGACCCCUCCUUAACCCCCGGCCUGAACUCCCCAACCCGCUGUCAGAAUGGAGAGAGGAUGGAGCGCUACUCCAGGAAGGUCUUUGUCGGAGGCCUUCCCCCUGAUAUAGAUGAAGAUGAAAUCACCAACAGUUUCCGUCGCUAUGGACACCUGGUGGUUGACUGGCCCCACAAAGCUGAGAGCAAAUCCUACUUCCCACCUAAAGGCUACGCCUUCCUGCUGUUCCAGGAAGAGACCUCUGUUCAGGCCCUGAUUGACGCCUGCAUCGAGGAGGACGGCAAGCUCUACCUGUGUGUGUCCAGUCCCACCAUCAAAGACAAACCGGUCCAGAUCCGUCCCUGGAAUCUGAGCGAUAGUGACUUUGUCAUGGAUGGUUCCCAGCCUCUGGACCCCCGCAAGACCAUCUUCGUAGGGGGGGUGCCGCGGCCCCUGCGUGCAGUGGAGCUGGCUAUGAUCAUGGACCGGCUGUAUGGAGGUGUUUGCUACGCUGGAAUAGACACCGACCCGGAGCUCAAAUACCCAAAGGGAGCCGGCCGCGUGGCCUUCUCCAAUCAGCAGAGCUACAUUGCUGCCAUCAGCGCUCGCUUCGUUCAGCUGCAGCACAAUGACAUCGACAAAAGGGUGGAGGUGAAGCCGUACGUCCUGGACGACCAGAUGUGUGAUGAGUGCCAGGGGGCACGCUGUGGGGGGAAGUUCGCCCCCUUCUUCUGUGCCAACGUCACCUGCCUGCAGUACUACUGCGAGUACUGCUGGGCCAGCAUUCACUCGCGAGCCGGCCGAGAGUUUCACAAGCCACUGGUGAAGGAGGGGGGCGACCGCCCUCGACACGUGUCCUUCCGCUGGAGCUGAGGGGGGUCACGAGUCAGCCCUGCCCCGGUGAACCCACGCCCGAAUCCCCCCCCUCAAAAUCUCCUGCACCCCCGCUACACCUACAGUCCGGGACAGCGCUGCAACACCCCCCCCUUCUCCCCUCCCCCGGCCCCCAAGUACUCCACCCUGCUCCCCACAAACACCUCAUGAAAAAAGCAAAAAGGAUAUCAUCAAACACAGUACACGGGACUUUCUUCAUACCACAUGGCUCUGAACUCAUUGUCUAGUGUUCCCCUCUGAUGAAGCAUAGCGGGGAAAUGAAAUGCGAAAGUCUAUCAGCUUAGAAUUUGCACUUUGGCACAAAAUCUCACUAAACACACACACACACACACACAGGAUGGUAUGUUAGACACCUGGCUACUUUCAGUUCCCCGUUCUGUUGAGUGGGUGGUGUGGUAUGUCCUGUUGGACCCCCCUCCCCCCUUACUGAGGCAGAGGUGGGACCAUACAAAUAUUUUAAAAAGUAUAUAUUUUUUGUUUUGUACCUAUCUAUACAUAUAUAGAUAAUUUAAAUUUAAUGUAAAAGGAGCAUGCACUUAUUUUCAAAAGCUGUAGUUAUAUCGCCCCUAGUAAAAAAUAAUAAUAAUUACCAAAGGCAAAUGAAAUUAAUGCAUACAGAAAAGCAAAGUAGGUGGCAUAAGAUGUAGCAAGAUUUAACAACUAUCCAGUAGUGUGGGCCCGUAACGCCCAGAGUAAAAAUAACACGGCUAUAUUUGCUCUCAAUUCUGACUCUGAAAAAUAUUAAUACCUCAUAUGCGCAAUCAGAUUAGUUUGCUUUCGAUUUCUAGGUCUUUAUUUUUAUAAUAACAUUAUUUUUUAGUGUUAUGUAAAUGUAAUGCUGCAAUAGCUUUGCUGCUAAAUCCAUGGUAUAAACAGAUACCAUAAGUACUUUAUUCAGGCUAGGGUGUAAAAUAAUAAAUAACUGAAGCACCUGGUGUUUUAGGACGACGAGCUAUCAUAGGGGGAGGGGGCGCCCCUAGACAACGAUGGCUACCUUUUGUGGGGGGUCGGGGUGGGUGGCCCCUAACUGCAUGUUUAUUUCAAUCAGGUUGCUGCAUGCAAUAGACUUUUCAGUAUCAUGUCUACUAUUCGAUUCUGCCCAUGUUUGCACAACACACUAUAGACGUACGUUCGACUCGCACAAAACUGGACAGACACAGGGAAGACUGGUCAAAGGAAUCAUGGCGGCUCUUCGCUGUCACAGGGCGGCCAGAGCAGAUGGUUCCUGCAGAAACAGGCAGUGAACACAUCCAGACGAUGAGGGGGGGGAAAAAAAUAGAACCUUAAUAAUCACAAAUCAAAUUAAAUGUAGGAUUACCAUUUAAAGCUGUCUAUGAUAGGUGAAGUACUUUUUUGCAGUGAUUGUUGAUAUAAUUGUGCAAUUUUUUAUACCGUAUGUAGUUAGGUCUGAGUAUGCCUAGAACUGUGAUUCGCUUUAACUGUCGUUAAUGUCCGACAUAGAAGUCCUGUGAAACUUCAUAACUAGUGUAUGCACACGUAUAUAUGUUCUCUUGUACACACACUUGCACCAGUAUACACAGAAGCCUCUCGACACACAUGAACACACACACACACACACACAUACAUACACACACACACAAACACACACACACACACACACACACACGGACGGCUGUCUUUCUUACGCACACUUAACAGGCCUACAAACACUGAGUCUGAUCUGAAGAGAAGACACAACAAUGUGAGCUUAAACUGAGAACUGAGGUUUUUGUUUUUUUGUUUUUAAAAAAAAAAAAAAAAAUUUGUUCCACCGUUGACAAAAGCGCACGUUUACGUCCCAGAACGCAACCAAAGAGCUCACGUGUUCGACUUUUGACAGACCACCUAACACACAGAGCAAAACAGCCACCCGCAGAGGAGGCUGCGCUGCUCAUGCGGCCUCCUGCAGAGGAGCUCAAGGUGCAGUUGUGCAGUCGAUUAGAUGAGGAAAGAGGGCAGUUGCGAGGAGGAAUUUGGGAGGGGGGCGGGGGGGGAGUAAUAAAUUAAAACAUUGAAGCUACUGGAGACUUGAGGUUGAUAAACUAAGCUCUG